CUAUUCAAUUUGUGCGUAAAUACCGAAGAGUAAGACGUUGUUUUGAUAAGGUUAUUUUUUAGCAAUGUUACUUUAUAAUAUUUACAAAAAUGUUUGUAAUAAUCCACGUGUUCGUUACUACGGAGUAAUGACAGCGAAUAAAUUAAUUAAAAAAUUAGAUAAUAAUAAAUUACCUAAUCAUUCAUGUUUGCGGGAACAAAAGCUAAUAAAUUCAAUUAUAAAAACAUCAAAUCAUGGGGACAAAAAAUUUUACAGUGUCCAGCCAGAGGAGGAAGCAAAUCUUGUCCGGCUUCCAGCUUUGACAGAUGAUCCUUUAAUUCUAGUGCCGAAUUUUUUUAAAACUUUCAAAAGCUCUUAUAAUCUUCACAUGCAGAUAAGAGGCUCGCUUGAUAAUGAAUUUGAUAUGAUAGAAUUUUCUGAUGGAUCCAAGCAAGCAGUGGAAGUUGUAUCACACGCUCUUGCUGAAGAAGACUACGAUAGUCUCCAAGGUUUAGUUAUUCCAGAUGUCAUUGAAAAGCUGAGGAAAAGAAUAUCAUUGUUAUCAGAAGAACAAAAAAAAUUAAUUCCCAUUAAAAAAGGAGAGAUUUAUGCAAACUUUCCAUAUUCGAUUGAUGUUCGUCGUGAAGGAGAUGAAGAUAGAGAAAGAGUAUUUGCUGACAUAACAAUGGCGUACUAUAGCCUGAGAGGUUUUGAGGAAAUGCAAAAGAGAGGCGAAUUACCACCACUUGAAAUGGGAAUUAUGCCAGAAUACCGUGAAAAAAUAUAUUUAUCUAAUUAUCGAUUUACCCGAGAGUACACUGAAAAUGUAACGUCAUCAUGGAUAGUUACUAUGUGUAAUGAAUUAAUGUUAGUUACCGCGAUAUGAAAGUGAUAUGUUUUUUAUUAACAUUAAAAAAAAGGAAAAAAAUUUAUAUUCUGUAAAAAUAAAAAAAUAAAUGAGCAUUUGUGUCAAUGAAAUAAUUAUUUCAACGAUAAAUAUAAAAUUAAACGCAAUAAAAAAA